AUUACAUCAUUCCCUGCAAAACUACAUAAGCAUUCAGUAACUCACUAAAGUUCAGUAACUCACUAAAAGUGCAAAGAACCAGACCAGUAGACUUCCCAGCCACAUUCAGCCAUGGCGGAGAUCCUUUUGGCUGUCAUCAUGCUCCUUCAUCUGUCAUCUUCUUCUUCCUCGUCCUUGCCAACAUCUACAGUGCUGGAUCCUCUGUUUCUGUACAUCGAUGAACACCAGAAUGAGUUUGUCCAGAGGCUAGGAGAGUGGGUGGCCGUUAAGAGUGACUCUAGUCAUCGGGUGCACUGGGGUGAUAUCCACAGGAUCCUCAACAUGACUGCGGACAAGAUUAAAGAGAUGGGAGGCCAGGUGGAGUUUGCUGACAUAGGCACUCAGCAGCUGUCAGACGGGGAGUCUUUGGCUCGGCCGCCUGUCCUCCUGGCGCAGUUUGAGAGGGACCUGAAUAAACCCACGCUCUGCAUCUACGGCCACGUGGAUGUCCAGCCUGCCAAGAAGGAGGAUGGCUGGGCCACUGACCCCUAUACCCUGACUGAGCUCAACGGUAAUCUGUAUGGCAGGGGGGCCACAGAUAACAAGGGUCCGGUCCUGGCCUGGCUGCAUGCUGUGGAGACAUACAGAGCCACCAAGCAGGAGGUGCCGGUGAACCUGAAGUUUAUCAUUGAGGGAUUGGAGGAGAUUGGCUCAGAUGGUCUGGAUGAGCUGACCAGGCAGCGGAACGAGAGCUUCUUCUCUGACGUGGACUACAUUGUCAUCUCCGACAACGUGUGGGUCAGCAGGAAACCAGCCCUCACCUACGGCACCAGGGGCAGCAGCUACUUCUUUGUAGAGGUGGAGGGUCCGAAGCUAGACCUGCAUUCCGGAGUGUUCGGAGGGUCCGUCCAUGAGCCCAUGACAGAUAUGAUAGCCUUACUUGGCAGCCUGUUGGACCACACAGGGAAAAUCCUCGUCCCCGGGAUCAAUGAGUCUGUGGCCCCGCUGACAGAGGAGGAGAAGAAGCUGUACAAGGACAUUCACUUCGACAUUGAGGAAAUGAAGAAAGCGAUCGAGGUCAAGAGCUUCUUACAGGACAAUAAGGAAGAAAUCCUUAUGGCUCGAUGGCGCUACCCAUCGCUGUCCAUCCACGGAAUCGAGGGUGCAUUCUCUGAUUCAGGCUCAAAAACAGUCAUCCCCCGACGUGUAAUUGGGAAGUUCUCCAUCCGCCAGGUGCCGAACAUGGAGCCAAGUGUGGUGGAAAGACAGGUCAAAGAACAUCUGCAGGAGGUCUUUGCCAAGCAGAAAAGUCCAAACAGCCUGAAGGUGACCACAUCUGUGAGUGCCAAGCCAUGGGUGGCCAACUUGAAUGACCCACUAUAUAUUGCUGGGCGAAAGGCAGUUAAAUUGGUUUUUGGUGAGGAGCCAGAACUGAUCCGAGAAGGAUCCACAAUUCCCAUUGCCAACAACUUCCAGGAAGUGACGGGGAAGAGAGUGAUGAUGCUGCCCAUUGGUGGGCAUGAUGAUGGAGAGCACUCUCAGAAUGAGAAGAUCAGCAGGUACAACUUCAUUCAAGGGACAAAGCUCUUCGCUGCCUUCUUUUACGAACUCUCCAAGCUCCAAAAAGACCAAUGAAUGUCACAAGCAAUUCUGUCCAUUUGUUUCAAAGAAGGUCGCUAAAAACAAGACCAACAAGUCCUACUGCCUCUUCAGCAUCACAACCUUGAAAGGGCCAGUUCACUUUCAGGGGUUUUAGGCAUUAUUUCAGUUUUAGUACAGUGCCCUGAAAAAGUAUUUGCCCCCUUCCUCAUUUACUCUAUUAUUGCAUAUUUGUCAAAGGGAAUGGUAAUUUCCCCCUUAAACUUAAUAAGCACUACCUUUAGCAGAACAAAUUGCAACCAAACACGUCCUAUUUGUUAUCAGUCUCAGGAAUUUUAGCUUUAAUUCAGACAAAUUGGUAGGCUUUCGAACAUGAACUGCUCAUUUCAAGUCCGGCAUCUACAGCAUCUCUAUUUUGAUCAAGUCAAGACUCAACUGUACUUGUCAGCUAAACCUAUUGAUUUUAGAAAGCUGUCGACGUUCCAUGAAUGUUAGCUGAUGUUCAAACGGAUGGCUCCGAUUCCUUCAGGAGAAUCAGAUAAAACCAGUCAUUUAUGGGGCCACUUGUUUCCAACAUUAAGCCCUCUUCCAGAAACCGGGCUGUUUCUAAAUUUAAAACUUAACUUUGAGAAAGAAGCUAAAAAGCUUAUUCAGACAUGCUAUCACCAACUCGGAAACAAUAACCCAAUAGCCAACAUGACUGUUCAGUCUUUCUAGAUAAAUAAAAAAAAUCAUACUUUUA